GCUCGUAGUAAUUCCGGCGCUCGGAAUAACUCCGGUGAGUCCAGGGUUGGAGUUCUCACCUGGUUGGAGGGCUCUGGGGCCAAGAACGCGUUCCUGCGAAGUGAACACGGUCUUGGAGUGAGGCUCACACGUCCUGUCCUGCAGAUGACUGUCCACAACCUGUACCUAUUUGACCGGAAUGGAGUGUGUCUGCACUACAGCGAGUGGCACCGCAAGAAGCAAGCAGGGAUCCCCAAGGAGGAGGAGUUCAAGCUGAUGUACGGGAUGCUCUUCUCUAUCCGCUCGUUUGUCAGCAAGAUGUCCCCGCUAGACAUGAAGGAUGGCUUCCUGGCCUUCCAAACUAGCCGUUACAAACUCCAUUACUACGAGACACCCACUGGAAUCAAGGUUGUCAUGAAUACUGACUUGGGCGUGGGACCCAUCCGAGAUGUGCUGCACCACAUCUAUAGCGCGCUGUACGUGGAACUGGUGGUAAAGAAUCCCCUGUGCCCUCUGGGUCAAACCGUGCAAAGUGAGCUCUUCCGCUCUCGACUAGACUCCUAUGUCCGUUCUCUGUCCUUCUUCUCUGCCCGAGCUGGCUGAAGUAUACUACCUCACCCGCCAGGAGAAUUUGUGACUGCCUGGGACCCUCCCUAACUUUCAGCUUCUGAGGAUACUAUAAGUCCCUCCACCAAACCCUCUCCCAGGGCAACAGCCUAAAGCCUCUUCCUCUACCCUGCCCCCAUGGGUCUCUACAUUCCCAAACUGACCCGGUCUCCAGUUUUAUCCCCAAGUUGACGCUUCAAGAAGCACAGAAUUCAGAAUAAACUUUUUGUCAUCCUCUGCA